GGCAGCGGGGACCAGUGAUGUAAUAUCAAAUCUUCGUUUAUAGAGUUGUUUCAUCAUCCUAAAAACUUUUCAUUGACAAAGUUCUAGAUGAAUCCAAAGUCGACCUAAUUAGUUGCACAAUCAUGUAUCUGCUGUUCCUCGGCGUAGUUGUGUGUUUUGUAGUUUGGCUUUAUAUCAGAUGGCUGAACAUCAAGAAAUAUUGGGCAGAUCGAGGAGUACCUCAUUUACCGCCACUACCGUUACUGGGCAAUUUUACUUUCCUGCUAAGAGAGAAUAUUGGAGUUUGGUUGCGUAUGUUAUAUGAACAAUUCAAGUGCCCAUAUGUAGGAAUUUGGGUAUUUUGGAAACCAGUUCUUGUUGUCAACGCGCCAGAUAUUGCUCGUAACAUUCUCGUUAAGGAUUUUAAUAACUUUAGGAAUCGCUCAAUGAGCUGUGGAUAUACAGAUCGUAUUGGGGGACUGUCUUUACUCAUUGUUAACGAUCCUGUGUGGUCACUGCUGCGAAAACAACUCAGCACCACAUUUUCAGCGGGUAAACUUAAAUCUGCCCAAGAGUUCAUUAGAAGCAAAUCAAAGGAACUGGUGCAAAGGAUCCAUAAUGAUCGUAACAUUAAGAUUGAUCUUAAGAAAAUGUUUGUAGACUACACGACGGAUAUAAUUGGUACUUCUGCGUUUGGCGUUAAAAGCGAUGCGACGCUCACAAAGGGUGGACCUUUGAGGGAUGUAACGAAUGAGUGGACGAAAUACAAUCUCUAUAGAAGUAUAUCUUGGUGUAGCAUAUUCUUCUUACCGGAACUGGUCGAUAUCUUUCGAUUCAAAAUGUUCCCAAGGUCUUCGAUGAGGUAUUUUAGUAAAAUAUAUCAUGAAGCUGCUUUGCAAAGAGAGAAAGAUUGGAAAGAAGAAGAAAAUAGAGACUUACUUGAUAUAUUGAUAAGAAUUCAAAAACAAAAUGAUUUUUAUUCAGAUGAACUGAUAAUGGCGCAGGCUGCUAUUCUCUUACUGGGGGGGUUUGAUACAUCAGGAAAUCUUAUGACGUACAUUACGUAUGAACUGGCCCAUAGCCCUGGAAUACAGGAAAAACUAUAUCAAGAACUAACAGAAGCUGCCCAACGUCAUGGCAGUAGAGAUUUCGAUAUGGAAGUCCUCUCAGAGUUAACAUAUCUUAACUGUGUUAUUAAAGAGGCUCUCCGGAAGUAUCUUCCAAUGGGCUGGCUCGAUAGAGUCGCGGAGAAUGACUAUAAAAUAGAUGAUAAAUUAACUAUAGAAGCUGGUACGACUGUGUAUAUCAAUAGUGUUGGAAUGCACUUCGACCCUCAAUAUUUUCCCGAACCUUACAAAUUUGAUCCUGAUAGAUUUUUACCAGAAAAUAGAAAUAAGAUCGAGCCAUUCUCGUAUUUACCAUUUGGAGAGGGGCCAAGAUUUUGCAUCGGUAAGAGAUUUGGGUUGCUGGCAGUAAGAAUGGGCAUGGUGGCAAUUUUGUUUAACUACAAGAUGGCGCCUUAUCCUAACAGCCCCAAGCCCUCUGAUGUAAAGAUGUCAACUCGGACGAUAUGGUAUGUUGCUAGAGAGUCUUUGAACGUUCAAUUUAUUCCUCGAUCGUGAACUUAAAUGAAUGCGUUGGUAAAUACUUGUUAUUACUUGCGAAUAAAAUAAUUAUAAAAAUA